AUGGCCUCUCCGAGAAUAGCCUAUCUUAUUUUCUCCAUGUUGUGCAUUCUCGUAUUGUUGUCUGCGGGGGAAGAUACAAAGCUUUAUGUGGUCUACAUGGGCAACCUUCCAUCACAAGCUAAUGGAGAUUCUCACACAGCAGCUGUGGCAAUGCACCAUGAUAUGCUUGAAUCUGUGCAUUCAAGCCGGGAGGCAGCCCAGGAAUCUUUGAAGUAUAGUUAUGGGAAGAGCUUUGGUGGAUUUGCAGCUAUUCUUUCUCCUUCUCAAGUCCAACAACUCUCAAAAAUGGCUGGUGUGGUUUCUGUGUUUGAGAGCAAGCAACUGCAACUUCUUACCACAAGGUCAUGGGAUUUUAUUGGCUUUCCUGCAUCUGCUCAAAACUAUAAUUUGCCUUAUCAAAGUGACAUCAUCAUCGGUGUGAUUGACACAGGAUUUGGUCCAGUGCCAUCCAAAUGGAAAGGCGGAUGCCACACAACAUCAGCUUUUCCAACCUGCAACAAGAAACUUGUGGGGGCAAAGUUUUAUCGUAGCCAUCAUGUUGGACCAUUAAGGGAGUUUUUGUCUCCAAGAGAUGGACAACGUCAUGGAACACAAACGUCUUCCAUUGCUGCUGGAAAUCAUAUAAAUAAUGUCAGUUUUUAUGGUAUUGCUCAAGGAAAUGCACGAGGUGGGAUCCCUGGUGCAAGGGUUGCGAUGUACAAGGUUUGUUGGGUUGAUGGUUGUAUGGAACCAGAUAUUCUUGCAGCAUUUGAUCAUGCCAUCUAUGAUGGAGUGGACGUCAUUUCUGUUUCAAUUGGAUUUAAUCGUCCUCUUAAUUAUUUUGCAGAUAGUAUUGCCAUUGAUUCAUUUCAUGCAAUGAAGAGGGGAAUAUUUGUAUCAAAUUCAGCUGGAAAUUCUGGACCUGCUAAAGCAUCAGUUACCAAUUAUUCUGCAUGGUCUCUAACUGUGGCUGCAAGUACCAUUGAUCGUAAAAUGGAAUCUGAACUUCUUCUAGGAAACAACAUAUCUAUAAAGGGAAUUGCUGUAAACGCAAAUACAAUAGAGCAACCAUGGUAUCCUAUCAUAAAUGGAAGCAAUUGUGACUUAAAUGCUUUGAAUCAUAUCGAAAUGAAAGGAAAGAUAGUUAUUUGCGAUGAUUCUAGUGAUUCCUCGGAUUAUACAGUUUAUCUUGGUCGUGGUGCUGGUCUUAUUGAAAUUACAGAUCAAUUCAAUGACAUAGCUUUUGUAUGGCAAAACCCUACAACAGUGAUACCAACUAAGCAAGGAAAAGUUGUAUUGUCUUACAUCGAUUCUACUACCUCUCAUGUUGCACGAAUUCUUAAAACAACCACUCCCAAAGCACCAGCACCCAUUGUAGCUUCUUUCUCAUCUCGAGGUUACAAUCCAAUCACGUUCAAUAUUCUCAAGCCUGAUAUUACAGCACCAAGGGUUGACAUUCUUGCAUCUUGGACUAGAAAUUCCUCACUUACUGAGAGUCUAGGAAACAGAAGGCACUAUGACUUCAAUAUAAUAUCAAGAACCUCCAUGUCAUGUCCACACAAUGCAGGAGUUGCAGGAUUUGUUAAGUCAUAUCAUAAUAAUUGGUCUCCUGGAGCUAUCAAAUCAGCUCUAAUGACUACGGCAUUGGUAAUGGACCCAACAUUAAUUGGAAAUGGCAAUGCCAAAUUUGCGUAUGGGGCAGGGCAGAUAAAUCCUAUGAAGGCAAUCGAUCCAGGACUUGUGUAUGACAUAGGUGUAGAUGACUAUGUCAAUUUUCUUUGUAAGGAAGGCUACAAUGAUACCACUUUGCAUUUGGUUGUAGGAAACUUCAGUAGUUGUGAUUUUAAAGAGCCAUCUAAAAAUGGACCAAGAGAACUAAACUACCCUUCAAUAAUGGUUGUUGCUAUCCCAAGAGAACCUAUUCAAGCUAAAUUUCCUAGAAUUAGAAAUUUAGGAACCCUUUUGAAUCUUUGA